UACGUCAUCAUUGUGCGCCGCACACACGGAAGUGUCUUUAUCAGAAGAUGUUUAGUGUAAGUUUUCGGCGUAUUUAAGUAGUUUUUGUGAAUACCAUUGGAUACAAAAAAAUAAUAAUAACACAACACCGAACUGUGGAACAACGCGAAGAUGAGUGAGACAAAAGAGAAGGACGCUGCAGCCUUGAGGGAAGAGGGGAACAUCCUCUUCAAGGCCGGGGAUCCCCAGGGUGCUGUGUGUUCUUACACCAAAGCACUGAAGCUAAGUGACGACCGACAAGAGAGUGCGGUUCUUUAUCGCAACCGCUCUGCAUGCUACUUGAAACUGGAGGACUACAGCAAAGCAGAGGCUGACGCUUCCAAAUCUCUCGAUACUGACCCAAGUGAUGUGAAGGCCAGAUUUAGGAGGGCCCAGGCUUUUCAGAAACUUGGACGCCUUGACCAAGCUGUUCUCGAUGCUCAGAGGUGUGCCCAACUUGAGCCUAAAAACAAAGCAUUCCAGGAUCUGCUCAGACAGCUGGGGACACAAAUCCAACAGAAGUCAGUAGAGCAGAACUCCACAGAUGCCCGUGUGAAACAGAUGUUCUCGCUCCUCUUAGAUACAUCUGUAAAAGAUUCUGACCGACAAAAGGCCGCCCAGAAUCUAGUGGUCUUAUCUCGGGAAGAUGCAGGAGCUGAGCAGAUCUUCCGUAACGAUGGCGUGAAGCUAAUUCACAAACUUCUUCAGUCCAAGCAAGAGGAUGUUGUCCUUUCUGCUCUGAGGACUCUGGUUGGCUUGUGUACAGAGCAUCAGUCCAGAACUAUGGCAAUAGUGAAUGAGCUGGGGAUGGAGCAACUGUGUGCAGUAAUGGGAUCAGGAGUCUCAUCAGUUUCCCUGGCCACAUGCCACGUGCUGCAGGUGAUGUUUGAGGCUCUCACAGAUGGCAUGAAGAGGGAGAUCAGGGGAAAGGAAGAAGCCAUACUUCCUGAACCAUCCAAGGAGCUUCGCUCGAUGUUACGUCACCUCCUAGAGAUGAUGCCUGCAUCAAAUGUGUCAGGAGUUGGCAGAGACAACGCCAUCAACCUUCUGGUCAAACAAGUACCCCGCAAAUCCUUAAAGAACCCAGACAACUCUCUCACAUUGUGGGUGAUAGACCAGGGGCUGAAGAAGAUCUUGGAGGUGGCUGCAACACUGCCCGAGCUCUCAAAUGGGCCACCACUUACAGAUAAUUCCCACAUGAGCUGCUCUGUCUUGCUAAACAAGCUCUAUGAUGAUCUGAAUAGUGACAAAGAGCGGGAGAACUUCAACAAGCUGUGUGAAGACUAUGUUCAGCAAAACUUUAGGCAAUCAGGCCUCAAUUCCAAGCUGCGAGCCAUCCACACUGUUUCUGUGCUCCUCCAAGGGCCAAGUGAUGUUGGCAAUCGCACCUUGGAGAUGUCAGGAAUGAUGGAUGCAGUGAUAUCCCUGUGCGCCUCUGACGAUGUAACUCACCAGCAAGUAGCAGUGGAGGCUCUUAUUCAUGCGGCAGGCAAAGCUAAGAGAGCCUCAUUCAUCACAGCCAACGGCGUGGCACUUCUAAAGGACCUCUACAAGAAGAGUGAGAAUGACAGGAUACGCGUGAGAGCUCUGGUGGGUUUGUGCAAGCUUGGAUCAGCAGGAGGGACAGAUUUCAGCAUGAAGCAGUUUGCCGAGGGAUCGACUCUAAAGCUGUCCAAACAAUGCAGGAAGUGGCUUUGUAAUGAGUCUUUGCCCCCCAAAUCUCGUCGGUGGUCUGUGGAAGGUCUCGCUUACCUCACUUUUGACGCAGAUGUGAAAGAGGACUUAGUAGAAGAUAAGAAGGCUCUUCAGGCUAUGUUUGAACUAGCAAAGUCUGAGGACAAAACCGUACUUUUUGCUGUUGGUUCCACCCUGGUGAACUGCACCAACAGCUAUGAGGUGGAGAAGCCUGACCCUCAGAUGAUGGAGCUGGCCAAGUAUGCAAAGCAGCACGUUCCAGAGGUGCACCCCAAGGAUGCCCCUUCCUAUGUGGAGAAGAGGCUGAUGAAGCUGCUGGAGGCUGGAGUGGUUUCUGCAUUAGUGUGUAUGGUAAAACAUGAGAGUCCUGCUCUCACAGAGGCUUGUAGAGAGUGUAUUGCCAGGGUAUUCUUGGCUUUAGUGGAGCGACAGGAAGACAGAGGAACAGUAGUGGCACAGGGUGGAGGAAAGGCUCUUAUCCCACUGGCAUCUGAUAAUACUGACGUUGGAAAAGUGAAAGCGGCACAAGCACUGGCCAAAAUUACGAUCACAUCCAAUCCAGGUUUUGCCUUCCCAGGAGAAAGGAUUUAUGAGGUGGUGCGCCCCCUUCUCAGUCUUUUAAGUCUUUAUUGCACUCAGCUGCAGAACUUUGAGGCACUCAUGGCUUUGACCAACCUGGCUGGAAUCAGUGAAAGACUCAGACAAAAAAUCAUAAAAGAAAAGGCUGUUCCAAAAAUUGAAGGCUACAUGUUUGAGGAGCACGACCUGGUCCGAGCAUCUGCCACGGAGUGCAUGUGCAACCUCAUCCUGAGCACAGAGGUGCAGAAGCUGUACCUCGCCACUGGCAAUGAUCGCCUCAAACUGCUUGUGCUUUACUGUGGCGAGGAAGACGAAAGGCUGAGAAAAGCCGCUGCGGGAACACUGGCCAUGCUGACUGCUGAGCAGCCUAGUGUUUGUUCUCGCAUCCCAGAAAUGACAACCCAUUGGCUGGAGAUACUGCAGGCACUCCUGCUCAGUGAAAUAACCGACUUGCGACAUCGCGCAGUGGUCAUCGUCUAUAACAUGAUGCAGGCCGAUAAGGUUCUGACAGAGACGCUCAUUGAGAGUGAAGUCUUGGAAAUUCUUUCCGUUUUGGCAAAAGGAGGAGAGGGCACACCACAGCCGGUCUCCAAGAUAGCUCAAAGCUGCCUUGAUAAAGCGAUGGAGUAUGGCAUCAUCAUGAGCAGAGUCGGAAAGGAAUAGCCAGAGGGAACUUAAAUUGUUAAAUCUUGAAACACAUACGGUGUGUACAUUUUUUUUAAUCUUUGCAGCGUACCUGAACACUUAAACCAUUUCAACUUUUUUUAAAUCUGAAAUUCAUCUUGAAAUGUAUUUAUGGAUUACAUCCAAAAAUGGCGGAAAUGAGAUAAUUAGCAAAAAGUGAUUACAGUCGUUCCUCGUUAAUUGCUUUUAAAUUGGUUCCGAACAUCGAUCAAUCUUCUUCAGUUUAUCCAAGGUCGAGUCAUGGGUGGUGGGGGUGGGGGCAGCAUAAGCAGAGAAGCCCAGACUUCGAUCGUCCAGCUCGUGCUGGGGGAUUCUGAGGUGUUCCCUGGCCAGCUGGGAGACAUAGUCCCCCCAACAUGUUCUGGGUCUUCUCCGUGGCUUCCUACUGCUCGGAGGGUUUAGGGCACAACUUACUGCCAGCAAUGCGGACCAAGCUCUGACAAUGAUCACACAUGGAGCAGACCGCCACAAUCAGGUGGUCCGAAACCCCAUACUCUCUGAGCACUCCCCAGAGGACCUCCCAGUAGACACGGUCGAAUGCCUUCUCCAAAAUUGUUUGGGCAAACUCCUGUGCACCUUCAAGCAUCCUGCCGAGAGCAUAGAGCUGGGCCACAGUUCCAAACAUGACCGCAAAUUUCCACUUAGGAAUCAUUAAUUGUAAAUCUAAUAUUUUCAUAGUAGUUUGAAACCUCAAAUAACGUUUAUCAACAUUAUGAGAGCCCUACAAGACAUGAAAUAACACUUAAAUUUUUUUAAUCCAAUAUAAUGAGUCAGUCAAUCAGUGGACACAAUACUGAUUGGUUUGGUCUUAUCUCCUAUUAUAACAUUGAUAUUUUUAGUUCACUUAGCCAUUGUUAUGCUUGGAAAUGCUUAAUUCAGGCCAAACAUUUUGUAGAAUGUGCUUUAAAAAACUGCAAUUCCCAAAAAAAACGCAGUGUGGUGAGGGACGACUGUAUAUAGAAACGAAACCAUGUUUUUCGUUUAAAACUUUUAUACCUGCCUCAUUUAGAUUUUCUAAUGAAUGUAUUUAUCACAAUUACUGUAUCUGAAUAAUAUAUAUAUGUGUGUGUAAUGUAUAUAAAUGCACAAGUAAUCACAUUCCCCUUUUUAUUGGACAACAUUUUUUGUUAAUGCAUUUUGUCACAAAAUAUUUUAUAUAAAUGCUGAACUGCGUGCUUACCCCUUUAUUGCUCCUCUUCAUUGCCACUUUGUGUGUUUGGAGUACACUAUUAAA